AAGAAAUUUUGGUUACAGAAUUGUCAGUUCUUGUGGGCAAGGUGCUCAAAGCAACCCAAUUUGGACAUUGCAUCGACCAUUCUUCUAACAUUAGACCAAUUUUAUUUUUUUUUGCUUUAUGGUACACUCUUGGUAUCUGAAAAGAUGUCGCAGUCUCACUGUCAUUCUCACAACAUUGUGACGCCCUCAGUGUAUCAGACGCUGGAUGAACUGGAUUUUGAAAGAGGACUAUGGUCUCCAGCCCAGAAUGGUGAUAUGUCUCGUGUAAAGAACCUCUUAGAGCGCGGUGUCCCUGUUGAUAGCAGAGACUCUGCUGGCUACACUGCACUACAUUAUGCUGCACGGGCUGGACAUGCUGCCAUAUGCCAACAACUUAUUGCAGCUGGAGCGUUGUUGGACACAAAGACACGUGCUGGAGGAGCUACACCUCUACACAGAGCAGCAGCAUCUGGUAAACUACAUAUUGUCCAACUGUUAUUGGAAGCUGGGGCAAAUAGUGCAGUUACUGAUGCAGAUGGGAGAACAGCUUUACACCGUGCUGCAGAGGAAGGACAUUCUGAUGUUGCAGAAUUGCUGUUAAAGAAUAAUAAACAGUUAAACAACAUGAAAGAUAUUAAAGGGCGCCUAGCAGUUGAAUGUGUUAAGGAUCAGACCAUGCUUUCUGUUUUUUUAUAAAAGAAACAAUAAAAAGAGAAGCAAUAUUCUCUUUAUCAGAAUACAUUAAAACACUAUUUACUGUGUGUCUUUUCAAGUACUGAAAUGAAAUAAUUUGUAGCUUGUGACAACUCCUGGAAAAUUGAACUGUUGAAAGAACUGAUCGUAAUUUGAAAUUUCAAGUUAGUACCUUUACAACACUUCCUCACUAAUCAAUUAAUAGAAGCAGUUGCAGCUAGAGAUGCAAAGUAUGGAUUCGUGAUAGAAAAGCAUCAUUUUCGUGUUGUGUCACCAUUGUUUUAUAUAUCCAGCUUCACUGUCUCGUUUGUUCCUCUUUUCAGCCUUGAUAUGAAUGUUAGUUUUGUAGCUUUGUUUGCCACUAUUUCUCUAGUUCGGUUAUCUUCCUCCACCAUGUAAGUUUUAACAUUUUUGAUAGUCUUAAUCAUACUUUUCUCACAUAUUUACAUGUAAUAUACAGUGCUAAAAUAGUUGCUUUGACACUGUUGUAAUUUUCAUAGUAUAAAAAAUGUGUAAAGUGAAAGUUUUUGGAUGAAACUAUUACAAUUACGUUGACAGAAAUUACGAAUCUUCAGUAAGUGUCAUAUAAACUGAUAUCUUUAAAACAACUUCAUUUCUUUGCCAGCUUUUGCUUUAAUUAUGUGCUAAUUCUGGUCUGCCUUUUUGCUUACUAUUUUGAUUACAUUAAAACCCGAGUCUGUCUGUGGGGCUUGGAAAAUGAACCCUGAUUCCAUCUGGAUUACCAUCUGUUUAUUGUUUCCACAAUAAAAACUGCUCCAUCCUAGUCUCAUAACACUAGUGCACUUCUGACAUAAAAAUCCACCACAUCCUUUUUAAAAAAAAAUUUAAUGUUUGAGCAUAACGGUUGACAUUCUGUUUUGAACUAUUUAUGGUAACAAGAUAUUAUGCAGUGAUUACAUAUGUAGGCACUUUCUAUUCCUGACGAUCACAUUUACGAAAGAGAUUUGUGCAAAAGUAACUGAAUCUUGGCUAUACAAGUAGUUAAACGAAUGUAAGCCAUAAAUUGAAAUUGAAAAUUAUUCUGUUCAGUUCUAGGGCACUGGCACAGAUUUAUGCCAUACACUGAAAUUAAAAGUAAUUCUGUUCAGCUAUAGGGCACUGGCAAAUUCACAUACAGUAUUACAAAUUAAUAAUGUUGAAGGCUGAAUAGCACAUAGACAUUACUUUUAGAAGUGGACAGUGCCAAAACUAGUGCUUGAUGUUAAAACCAGAGAAUUUAGUGUUCACUUUAUUAAAUGCUAAAAUGUUACCAGAUCAAAAUUUGGUUGUUGUUCAGUACAUUGGGCAUUUGGUCAGUUUUGUUGUGUGGCUUAAUAGCAGAGAACACAGCUGUUAAAGAGCUCUACUGAGUAGUUUUUAGUGAUAAUUUCCAGUGUUAUUCCUUGUAGAAAAAUCAGUUUCCUGUCUUCUCCUUGUUCUUUGCAAGAUGAUAUAUUUUUAGCAUCAGUUCCACAAAGGCUGUGUACAUGGGAAGGAUUCAGUUAACACGCCAGAAUGAUUUUUUUCCUGACAGGUGUUCACAGCUUUUUUGUGUUGGUAAAAUGAUUCGUGAAAUGAGUUCAUAGUGCAACUUGCUAAGUGUUGUGUUGCAUUUAUCACUCCUCCUAACAGUCCCAUUGCAUAUAUUAUUAUUGUUAUUAUUAUUAUUAUUAUUAUUAUUAUUAUUAUUAUUUCCUAUUUGAAAAAUGUGCAUACCAUUUAAGCCAUUUAAUUGCUAAAGGAAAAUCAGAUCUUGAAAUAAUAAAGUACCACCUAUGCAAAUGCAAUUAAAUAGUAUGAGGGUUUUGCUUGUGGACCAAAAUGCAAUGCUGUGACUAUUCUUAGAUGUUUUUUAUUUAAGUUGAUACUAUAUUAGCAUUGCUAAAAUUAAUUUCAUUAGUAAUAAAUUUAGUAUAUUAGUGUCAGUUAGCUUCAGUGGAUUGUGAUUUUUUUGUUCCUAAUCAAACAUUUAUUUCCUAAGUGAAAAAUUAUAUAUUAUUAUUGGUUAGUUGUAUAUGAUAGAGUUUAUUGUGGUACUACUGAAGCACAUUGUAAAUCACAAACAGAGCUGUUCAGUUUUCAACAGGUUGACAAUACUUAACUGUGCUGAUGAGUUAUUAACACUGAUUAUUUAUGUUUAAAAGUAUAAUGCACCGUAAUGUCAUUACUGAAAUAAAUAUUUCUUUUGUUUCAUGUGUUAAUAUGUUGAAGAUCUGGGUAGAAACAUUAAUAAAGUAAAUGAAUAGCUAAUGUCUCUGCUUGUUGCAAAAAAUUAAAUGUGCUGUUUUUACUACCAAUACCUUACUUUCCUGUGGAGAGACUUUUAAUCUGUGAGGUUUUUGUUCUUGUGACUUGUUAUCUCCUAUCAUAUGCUUAUCAGAAGAGCUCUGAGUAGUAGUAGUAGUAGUAGUAGUAGUAGUAGUAGUAGUAGUAAAUACCAUUAAGCAAGAAUCUUAAUUUAUUUGUCACAAUGACCACAAAUAAGAUUAUUUUUAAAGCUAAACUAAAUAUUAGAAGGCAGACUUCUGAUGUGGUAAUUUGUGUACAUUUGUCCUACUCUGAGAGAAAUUAAAGAGUUUGAAGAUCUAGUUAAUCUUUCUUCUGUUAUUGUUAAUAUUCCAUUCUAAUUCAAAUGAUGUAAGUUAUAGUACAGGAAUUCUCCAAAAGCAAUACAAUUACUUUUCUGCACUAUAAUUUUACAGUGUGUCAACAUAUGUGCUGUUAAUCAUUUUCAUUAGUAUUUAUUUGUGAAAUAAAAUAUCUGAGGCUCUAAA